AAGCCCUCAGAGCUGCUGCCGCGCCCGGCAGGGAGGGUGGGAGGAAGGGCGAGGGGUGGAAAGGAGAGGAACGAGCUGGGGUCCAACGCCAGCUGUUGCGGGCGUUUUCUGGGCCAAGCUGCGGGGCAACAAAAUGGCGAGAAGGCUGCGGGCUGAGGGAAGUUGUUGGUGGUGGGGGGCCCAGCCUAACUGCCCGAGGUGGGGGCAGUGGUGGCGGCAGAGCCGGACAUCGCUGCUGGAGUAAGGGCCCCGGCACCUUCCACUGCGCAGAAGGUUGUCUACUUGGUUAUUUCUGAGAUGGAAGAAGAUGUCAGUCAGGAUGAAAUCAGUAUUGAGAAAGGAAGUACAUUAUUGGGAUCUGAUUCUGACAUAACUGAAGAUUCUGAGGCAGAACGACAAGUUUUCCAGCAAUUGGCUUGGAUAGAUGAUGGAGAAUCUACGUUUGGAAGGAACGAUCCAAUCACUGUCAUUCCUAUCACGGUACAUAUUACAGAUGACUCGGGUGCUUCACAGAAUCCUACAGUACAAGUGUCUCAGCAACCGCAAACUCUAUCUACUGAACAGUUUCAGCUGAUGGAUCAGAAUGGGCAUCCUAUCCAGUACGAACUCCAAUCACUGGGGGAGACAAAUGCACGCAUGAUGAUUGUUACCAGCCAGUCAGAAAACGGCCAAGUGCUUCAUGUGAUUCCAUCCAAUCAAUCUGGUGUUGCACAAGUCCUAAUUCCACAGGGUCAGCUUCUUGACAUUGCAAGUUCACAUGAUGCAACAGAUGACAAACAGAUAAGUGAUGAACUUCAGACAGUGACAGUAGCUGCAAUAGCAGAUAACACUGGCUAUGUUUUGCAUCCACAGUCUUCACUAAAGUUGCCCAAAAAGACUGCAGUCAGAAUGGUUGAAGACAAUUUUUCUGUCCCAUUUCAGCCACUGCCACACAACACCCCUGCCUGGGCACGAAGACUUCGGAGCUGUGAGAAAAUUGGAGAUUCCUACCGUGGAUACUGUGAGAGUGAAACUGAAUUGGAAAAUGUACUAACAGUCCACAAACAGCAAACACAAAGUGUCUGGGGGACAAGGCAGUCUCCGAGUCCUGCCAAACCUGCCACCAGGCUGAUGUGGAAAUCUCAAUAUGUCCCAUAUGAUGGAAUUCCAUUUGUCAAUGCAGGAAGUAGGGCCAUUGUCAUGGAAUGCCAGUUUGGACCAAGGCGGAAAGGAGUUCAGCCUAAGAAAACAGAACAGGAGAACAUCUCAAAUCAACAUUAUAAGGCAACUUGUGCUGCACGAAUCUACAUUAAAAAGGUGCGGAAGUUUCCAGAAUACCGGGUUCCGACAGAUCCUAAAAUUGAUAAGAAAGUUAUUCGGCAAGAGCAGGAAAAGGCUUUUAAUAUGCUAAAGAAGAAUGGGUUUGAUGUAGGUGGAGUUGUCAGGUGGUACGUGCAGUUACCUACACCACAGGCUCAUCAGUAUCAUGAUCAAGAUGGUUCCUAUUUGCCACCACCUCCGUUGCCACCACCACCAACAUAUGUCUCCAUUGAAGAGGAGGAUAUUGGUAUGAUGGAUGAAAAUGGGAUUCUUCCAUCUCGUUUGCACCCACGGGUCACUGAGAAGAUUCGAGAACUGGUUGCUCAGGGAAUUGACCAGGUCUACAUGGUUCGGAAGCAGCUCAGAAAGUUUGUGGAAAGGGAACUAUUUAAACCAGAUGAUGUCCCUGAGAGACAUAAUCUCUCCUUUUUUCCAACUGUCAAUGACAUCAAAAAUCACAUCCAUGAAGCACAGCUGGCACUACAGAGAGGAGAGUUGGAGUACACAUCUGGAUCCAUGACUGCAGCACUGCAAUGGACGGCUUCCAAUGGGAGUCUUCACACAGAGACCGUGACAGUCACACUUGCAUCUGCAUCUGGGGAUGAGAGUACUACAGCUGAUUCAAACAUCACAAAGGUGGAGCCAGCCCAGCUAACAGAUACGCUGUCACCAGAGGCAGCACAGAUUUCUUCAGUCUCCUCAUUGCAGCCAAAGCUUUUUGCACAAUUACAGGGUUUACAAUUACAGCCAGCUUUUGCUGCUACUGACUCAGCCACAGCAGUAGUUACAUUGAAUUCCCAUCAACCUGCAAUCAGUAGCUCUUCCAUAGUGCUGGAUUCUAGCAGUCCCACUGCACAGCAGCAAGUUUUUAGCCAAGCUCACUUCUUGCAGUUCAGCAGUUCACUGUCAGAGUGUGACUCUGCAGCUUCAACCUUGGUGGGUGUGGCAGGAUCCGAACAGAAUAUGGUCAGCAUGGGACAGCUGGUAACAGUGGGGCCAUCGAUUAGUGGAGACUCUGGCUUAGAUGGAGGAGUUCACCAGAUCUUGCUUGGACCUGGGCAGACCUUUCCUGUACAAAUUAUGGAAGCAUCAUCGCCACCAACAGUCACACAAGACAGUUACAUCAGCCAAGUGAAAGAGGAAUCUGAAGAUGGGAUUCUGCCUGCAUCUGAGCCCUGCAUGCCUGAAAUAGCUAGACCAGGAGACUGAAGAUCUUCAUUCACUCCAAGUGCACAACCAGAAAAGUCACCUGGUACAGGGAGUUCAAUAGCACCUGGCAUGAGGGAAAUUCCUAAACUAUCGUAGAACAGGGAGGAACCUGGUUUCAUACACAAACCUGGUUAACGUUUAUCUUCCACUCAAAUAGCAGGAAUGUUUGCCUGUUUGGAAGGAGGUAAUUUUGAAGAGAAAUUUAUUAAAUGCAUGGACCUCCUACUCGUUCAUCUCGAGUAUCAACAGUGGGGGCAGCAAACACUUCAACAAAAAUUGGCUGCUUAAAGAAAUCAGCUUUGAUGGUCAGUUUAAUACCUUUUUUUGAAAUAUCAGCAAAUGCAGAUAAUAGAUCAUGUUGAGCAGCUCAGUAUUUUCCAACUGGUUUUGGAGCCUGUGCCAGCAACAUGAAAGAUCAUCCUCAGAACUGAUCUCUACUACAGGACUGCUGCAACUCUUGAUUGAAGGUUCUUUUGUCCUCGCUGCUUGUCAGUGUUAGCUAAUGUCUUUUCUGGUGCUGGUACCAGAAUUAUACUGAUAAAAGAACAAGAAUUAAAAGCAUGCCACAUCUGAUUAGACUAAUAUAUUUAUUCAAAAAAAUUUUUAAUGGGCAAAUGUGGACACAUUUUAUAUUGGUAAUGGUUUGUUUAGUGUCAGAGAUGGAGGCACAAUUGAGGUCUUUCAUUUUAUCUUCAAAAUUCUUGAGGAGCAGCCUCUCAGGAUUACAAUUCAGACAUCUAGCUGGCAGAGCUUGGAAAUGCAGUUAGAUUUUCAUUCUGGAACAGACAGUCAAUGAGAGUUUACCAUCAGAAAGCAUUCUUCUGAAGCCUGGAAGAUGAAUUAAUGUGUUGCAGCUAAUUUCUACUGUGCGUUAUGAUUUCCUGCCAAUGGCAACCCCUACUGUGUUUUGAAAAACUUGCUUGUAGCAUGAACAGCAGGAAUACAGAAAUGUAACGUUACAGUUAAAGAAAACAUUACUUCUGUGAACUCAGUUGAUUUAUUGAGAGAUAAGCUGUAUUUGCAGAAUACUCUUGAGGGGGAAGGGUGUAAGAGUUUGUGAGAGAUGUGAUGCUCUUUCCCAUCUAGACUAGUGUGAUUGAGAUGCUUUGUUUGGGAGUAAGGAGAUUACUUCCAGUCAGGCUAUGGAAUAAUGCCCUUGUAAUCACAUGUCUUAGACAGUUAGUGAUAAGCAGUGCAUGUGCAAUCAUGGCAAAACUACCACCAGAUGUUUUCAUAUUUUAGGCUAUGACUCUCAAAUGUUGAGGGGGCAGAGAAUUACUCCAAACAUUUAUGUCAGUACAAUUUGAUUUGACAGUUCGUAUCAUUAUCUAAUUAACUACAAAAGUUAAAAUGUGUAUUUAUCUUUCGAUGCCAUGGGCAAUCAUAUUUAAAAUUUUGUCAUUUAUAUUUGGGAAGCCUUACAGAUCUUCGAAACACAUACACAACUUAUUUAAAAGAAAAAAAUAGAUAAGGAAAGUGUGCCUCCUCAGGAGACGAUCGAAUGAUUAAAUCGGUAGAACAUCUUCAGUGGUGAAACUUAUUCCAGUGGUGUGAAACAACUGGAAUGGGUUUCUCAGCCAAAGUAGGACCAACUUUUCUGUUGUCCUGCCUUAUAGCUAGCUAAUUGGGAACUGCCGUUGUACUCUACACAAACUUUAAUAUGGGCAUUACAAGGAUUAAUUGUUGGAAAUAAUUUGGAAGAUGUGUAGCUUGGGUGGUUGAUGGUUGGGUUUAGUUGUUUUCUGAUCUUGGCAAUUUGCUUGCAGAUGUUUCAUCACCAUGUGAGGAGACAUCAUAAGUGCACUGUUGAUUGUGGUGUGCCCUCCGAAUGCUUGGCCUUCAUAUGCUUUUCAAUCAGCUGAUUGGAUGUCAUUUUGGAAGAAGGAAUGUCUUCACCUUUCCUGCCUAUCCCCUCCCUGCUUCCCCAAUGUUGUCCGAUCAGUUCAGUAUAUAAAGGCCAAGCGUUCAGAGGACACACCACGAUCAACAUUGCACUGACGAUGCCUCCUUCCAUGGUGAUGAAAUGUUUACCAGCAAAUUGCCAAGGUCGGAGAACAACUCAACCCAACCAGGAUUAAAUGUGUUUUUCUGAUUACACAUAUCUACCUGACAUGAGCCAUUUAAAAAGUACUUUUGCUGCAGAGGUUUGAUCACAGAUACUGUUUAGUACAUCAGUGUUUGCAGAAGAUUGCAUUGUUUACAAAAGUAAAAUAAUUCAAAUAAAGAC